UCCGAACCGGGUCAGGUGGCAUUUCGGUCAUUGCAGAACCCAAGUCCGCCAUCUGCGUGUGGAGCUUGGGGGACAUUUCAAGCACACACAGUCACACAGAAAAAACCAAGAGGCUGAAGGCCAGACCGCCAGAGGCUGAGCCGCUAAGGCGAGGGCACAAGAGCGCUGAAGCUUCUCGAAAGUCGAAACCCUAGACCGUGCGGCCCCUCGCCCUCCGGCCUUCCACGCCCUAUCCGAUCCAAAAUGCAUAAGCUUGGUAGAGGAAGCCGGGAUAAGGUGCAGCAAUUCAUGGCAAUAACCGGCGCAAGUGAGAAGGCUGCGCUUCAGGCUCUUAAAGCUAGUGAUUGGCACUUGGAAGGAGCUUUUGAUGUUUUCUACAGCCAACCACAAAUUGCUGUUGCUAAUACUCGACAUCUGGAAGAGCUCUACAACAGAUAUAAAGAACCGGAUGCUGAUAUGAUAAUGGUGGAAGGCAUAUCACAGCUCUGCAAUGAUUUACAGGUGGAUCCUCAGGAUAUUGUUAUGCUUGUCAUAUCGUGGCAUAUGAAAGCUUCCACUAUGUGUGAGUUCACUCGCCAGGAGUUCAUUGGUGGACUGCAGUCAAUAGGAGUGGAUUCAAUAGAGAAGCUUCGCGAGAAGUUACCUUCAUUGCGAGCUGAGCUUAAAGAUGAUCAGAAGUUCCGUGAAAUAUACAACUUUGCAUUUGCCUGGGCAAGGGAAAAGGGCCAGAAAUCUCUCGCAUUGGAGACUGCUAUUGGCAUGUGGCGGUUGCUAAUUGCUGAAAGGAACUGGUCUCUGAUUGACCACUGGUGCCAGUUUCUACAGGUAAGGCACAAUAAAGCAAUCUCCAGGGAUACAUGGACGCAGUUAUUGGAGUUUGUGAAGACAAUCGAUCCUCAGCUAACCAACUAUGACGAAGAAGGUGCUUGGCCCUACCUAAUCGAUGAAUUUGUGGACUACUUGAAAGAGAAAGGGCUUGUCCAGCAUAGAAGGUGAACGGAAUUGGGCUGUAGGGGGCAGAAUUGGUCACCCAUCAGGCCACCAUCAUUUGUAUAACUGAAUGGUUGGAUGCUUGUAUUCAUUGCACUAUUGGUAGUGGUAGCUAAUGCAGCUUAUGCGCCUGAGCUUAUCCUCUAUACCCAAAACUUGUGUUGAAUGCUGCGAUGUGCAACGAAGGCCAGUAUGGACUUGAAACCCUGGUAAUUGCCAUUUUCGAUCCUGAUCA